AUGGUCGAGCUCGAAAAAUCUAUGGAAUUAGAAACUCGUCGGCAUUCGACUGCUGUACCUCAGACACUACAAACUAUACGUCAAGGUGGACCUAUGGUUGAGAGCUCAGGGAAAUUACAAUCAUCUAACACAUCUGGGCCUAUUACUGUCAACAUGCGGGUUUCUCGACAAAUUCAAUCUAAUAAAGCGUUAUUUAACGUCAAUCCAUCAAAUAUGUUUGAUGAGAAUCCAAUUCCAUAA